GACAGAGAAAAAGAGAGAGAGGAAGUGAGAGAGUGUGUGAGAGGGAGAGAGAGAGAGAGAGAGACGCGGUCCAAUUGAUCUUGAGGCUUUUUCCUGUCUACGUGGGUCACUUAAUAAGGCACACAAGGAGGCAAUGAGAAGGACGCCAUCGGGGCAGCAAAAAACAUUAGUCACGAGCUUGGAAAGCAGCCUUUCACAUUUCUCCACACGAAGGAAGACGCAAGCCGACUCACACACGGAAGGGAAGUGAGUUGACAGACUCGAAGAAACAACCUACCCCAAAAAGUUUGACUGCGCGGGUUCGUUUUAUAGUUGAUGGUGAGGGGGGCGGGAGGGGGGGAAAGCGUAGGAAUAAAGUGAGGAAUCCACAUUGGGAAAGAUGCCGCGGGUAGUUCCGGACCAGAGGAGCAAGUUUGAGAAUGAGGAGUUUUUCCGCAAGUUGAGCAGAGAGUGUGAGAUAAAAUAUACUGGCUUCAGGGACAGACCCCAUGAGGAGAGACAAGCCCGCUUCCAGAACGCUUGCAGAGAUGGACGGUCAGAAGUCGCCUUUGUCGCAACAGGCACCAACCUCUCCCUCCAGUUCUUUCCAGCCAACUUGCAUGGAGAUCAGAGACAGGUUCCUACGAGGGAGUAUGUUGACUUUGAGAGAGAGACAGGAAAGGUCCAUUUAAAGGCUCCAAUGAUCUUGAAUGGAGUGUGUGUGAUUUGGAGAGGUUGGAUUGACCUGCAGAGGCUGGACGGGAUGGGAUUCCUGGAAUAUGAUGAUGAGAGGGCGCAGCAUGAGGAUGCUUUGGCUCAGGCGGCAUUUGAGGAGGCUCGACGCAGAACCAGAGACUUUGAAGAGCGAGAGCGGUCACACAGAGAGGACCUCGAGGACCCUGUGGUUUCUAAAAUCUGGGACUGAUGACAGACAGACAGACAGCCAGCAGAAAACAACAGGUCCAGACGACAGCAGGAUCCCAGCCCUGGCUUAUACAUGGCCAGUGCUGAUGCGGAACACAAGAUGUGCUGAGGAAGACGUCAACGAGUGGAGGAGACUCAGGCUGAUAUUCUUUCACUUUCACAAUUAGCUGAAAUGAAAUGUUGAAUUUUGCAAUUAUAUACCAGUAUUCUCCCUUUUUUUUUCAAUGAAACGGUUGGUAAUUAAUUGAAUUGAAAGCCAACCAUAUAGAAUCAUAAAAUAAACACCUUCUGUGUUUGCUCACAUUUAAAUGUGAUGAACGUCUGAGUAAACAACAAUUCAAGAUCAGCUCAUGCAAAAUCUUACCCCUGGGUUUGAUGACUUAGUAUACACACCAAAUAUAUUUUUUUGAUCGUGAAUAAAUGUGAGAGAGGGUGACAGAGGCAAACAGAAGGAUCAUCAAAUAGAAAGUUAAUCAGCGGUGAUGAUCACUUAACUUGGUACGUCGUCAACAACAACAACAGCAACACCAAACUGCUGUUUUCUGAGACCAAAGUUCACCUUGCUGGAAUGAAAGGGAGGUUGAUGUGCGGGAGUGAUGCCAAAAGAGUUGCAUUGUUUUCUUAGUGGUAGUUUCAACUAUUUCUCAAAUGACCGCAUUGGCAAGAUAUAUUAAGUCAGGGGUAGUGUAGCAAGGAAAAUAAUGUUGGGGGGCGGUGGGGGGGCUUUAUAACAUGUCGGUCCAGGUGUGUUUUGCACUCUGUGAUACAGUCAGUGAAGUUCACAUGAAUUUUGUUUGCAUGGAACUAAAUUGAGGGCUACUUUUUGGGCUGUUAUCAUUACAACGCUCCCUUUUUCGGGUUCGGAUGAGGAAUAAUUGGCUGAUUCAAAUACAUGACACAGGUAAGCCAUGCACCAAAAUAAAACACACAUCAAUUCAUAGUUUGAAUUGAGCAUCCUUAUUUUUAUAUUUUAAAUCCAUCCAUUGGCCAGUGCCCCCCCCCCCCUCCACCCUCAAGUUAUUCCUCAUUAAGAAUUGUAAAAGUAUGAAUGCAGUAAAAGAAAACAAUUUCCUGUUCUGGCACGAGCGGAGUGAAAUGUGUUUAAUUAUCUUUUAUUUUGUGCGUGUCUGAAAGUCAUGAUGUUUACUUUUUAUAAUCUUACUCAUUUUCAAAUAUAUUCAUUUUUUUCCAUCUUUUCUCUUUGUUAGUGGCUACAACCGUAGUGUUUUGCGUCUAACGUGUCGCAAUUUGUAAUUGAUAAAAUACCCAAACGUUUUUAUUCGUUAGAUUUUCUUCUGCUUUUCUUUUGUUUCAUGUUUUUUUUUCCCUGCGAUUUGAUUGUACAACCAAAGUUCUGUUAUUAGGUCAUAUAAAUGUUUUUACAAUAUUAAACAUGUUUUUUUUUAUUUGCUUUUAUUUCGGGAGGUGCGGAGGUGAAUCACUUUUUAACUAAAAUCGAUUUGUUUUGUCAAGCGAUUCCCCCUUUAAUGAGAACAAUCCAUGGAGUUUAUUCAUAAAAAUGUUUUUACUUUGUG